UUUUUUAAGCGUCAGUGUUUGGCACCUGUAACUGGAAAAGGAAGAGCCUUUGUAACCUGGGGUGGGUGAGCAUCUUUAAGUGACAUGGCAGAAGUCAAACAGGAUACUUUUGGUAAUUGUCCAGGACCUAAUUAGUGUCAUUUCAGAGGUCAGGAUGGCUGUAAAUACCGCCCAGGAUCCUUGGAAAGUGUCACCGGGCACUUUCUGAUGGUUGUACGUACAGUGAGGAGAUGUAUCAAAGUUCCUGAAAGGCUCGUCGUGAUCUUUAGCCUCGCCCUUGGCAGCAGAUGGUCAGGAAUCAGGGCAUUAUGGUCACUUCCAUUGCAAUGGUGUGGUUUCGGAUCUGGCGUCCCAGGUCAGGGUCAGCUACUGUAAUUCCAUAGGAAGGAGGUGACUUUAGAAAGUUGGGUUGUUUUUUGUUUUUGUUUUUGUUUUUAUUUCCAGACGGGGUUUCUCUGUGUAACAGCCCUGGCUGUCCUGGAACUCACUCUGUAGAGCAGACUGGCCUCAAACUCACAGAGAUCUGCCUGUCUCUACCUCCUGAGAGCUGGGCUCAAAGGCGUGUGCCACCACCGCCCAGCUUGCUUUGGAAAAUGGAAUGCCUGGAAGUACAACUAGAGAGAGCAGAUACAUACACUGGGCCGUUCUGAGCCCAGCCCGGGCAUCUCAGGGGUGGAGGUAGGAACAAGGCAAGGAAGCUACAAGGAGGAAUACAUUGUCAGAAUGCUUCAGGGAGGUGAGCCUGACUUCUCUCCAUCUUCAGCAGGUAAACUAUUCUUUGGACAUGGGGUUGGAACAGUCUGUCUUUAAAGAGAAUUUUCUGCUAAUCACUUCAUAAAUCACUUGAGGGCAAUGGUUUAUGAACACAUCUUCCUCAGUGGUACUUCCUCAUUGCCUGUGGUAUGGACCCAAUGGAAGAAAGAGACGAAGUUAAUAUUCCAAAAGAGGAAAGCAGGUACUGGAGUGACAAGGACAGGAUCAAAUAAUUACUAAAACAAGUUUAGAAGCCUGAGGAAGCUCAGACGUGGCGAGAGGAUGUGGCCCCUGGACCCAUCCCAGAAAGAGGUGCUGAGAUUUGCAGUCAGCUGCCGCAUCCUGACCCUAACGCUACAGGCACUCUUCAAUGUCAUCAUCCCAGAUCACCACGCUGAUGCCUUUUCUCCUCCCCGCCUGGCCCCCUCGGGCUCUGUGGAUCAGCUUGUGGAAGGUCUCCUGGGUGGUCUGUCUCGAUGGGAUGCAGAACACUUCCUGUUUAUUGCUGAGCACGGCUACCUUUAUGAGCACAACUUUGCCUUCUUCCCUGGUUUCCCCUUGGCCCUGCUGACGGGAACUGAACUGCUGAGACCUUUGCAGGGCCUCUUGAGCCAGCGCAGUUGCCUGCUGGUCUCAGUAGCACUUCUUAACUUCCUGUUCUCUGUGCUGGCUGCACUCACACUUCAUGAUUUGGGUUGUCUGGUUUUGCACUGUCCUCGCCAGGCCUUUUAUGCAGCCAUGCUCUUCUGCCUCAGCCCCGCCAAUGUCUUCUUAGCAGCUGGGUACUCGGAAGCUUUGUUUGCCUUCCUGACUUUCAGCGCCAUGGGGCAGCUGGAGAGGGGCCGGAGCUGGGCAAGUGGGCUGCUCUUUGCUCUUGCCACUGGGGUGCGCUCCAAUGGGCUGGUCAGUGUCGGCUUCCUCCUGCAUUCUCAGUGCAGAGGCUUUUUCUCUUCUCUUGUGGUGCUGAACCCCCUGAAACAGCUCGUCAAGCUGAUGGCCUCUCUCUGCCUGUCAGCACUCACUGUCAGCCUUCCCUUUGCUCUCUUUCAGUAUUAUGCUUAUACCCAGUUCUGCCUACCAGGCUCUGCCCACUCCAUUCCUGAGCCUCUGGUACAGUUAGCUGUGGACAAAGGCUACCGGAUUACAGGAGAAAAUGAGCCCCCAUGGUGCUCCUGGGAGCUUCCCCUAAUAUACAGCUAUAUCCAGGAUGUCUAUUGGAAUGUUGGCCUUCUGCGAUACUAUGAGUUCAGGCAGGUGCCCAAUUUUCUACUAGCUGCACCGGUAACUGUACUGGUUGUGUGGGCAACCUGGACAUAUGUGACCACCCACCCUCGGCUCUGCCUUACACUUGGGCUACAAAGAUGCAAGGAUAGUAAGACCCUAGAGAAGUCCCAUCCUGGCUUCCUCAGUCCAAAGGUGUUUGUGUACCUGGUCCACGCUGCAGUGCUGCUGCUCUUUGGAGGGCUGUGCAUGCAUGUUCAGGUUCUCACACGAUUUUUGGGCUCUUCCACUCCUAUUGUGUACUGGUUUCCAGCUCACUUGCUUCAGAAUCAAGAGCCACUGUUGAGAUCUGUGAACAUGGUACCUGAGGAAAACACCCCGCCAGAAAUAAAGGCCCCCAGAAACUGUAUCCUGAAACUCUUGUACAACUGGAAGGCCUGUUCUCCAGUCACAAGAUGCAUCCUAGGCUAUUUCCUGACUUACUGGCUCCUGGGACUACUCCUCCAUUGCAACUUCCUGCCUUGGACUUGACCUGGAGUCUCGAGGGACAAGCUGGAAGCUGGUUUAACCCAGGGGUUGAAAGCUUCCAACACACUGGCUGGACUGCCUGCACACCCUAGCGCAUGUCCAUUAGGAUCUACCCUGGCCCCUGGGGGCCACGCAGGAAUGGAGAAUGUGAGCACAGCAGCCAGCCCCUUGUCCAGGGUGGAACAAGUUUAGAGAAGGAGCAUUUUCUCUGCUGAGUGGAGCCGCCUCGAAUCUCCCGGGUCAACAGUAUCAAACAAUCUUAACCCUCCUACUGACCCAUGUGGAAGGUUUUUGUUUUUGUUUUUUGGGACAGAGUUUCUCUGUAGACCUGGCUGUCCAGGAACUCGCACCAGGCUGGCCUCUAACUCUACCUACAUCUGGUUGCCCGUGUGUAAAUUUAAAUGUUUGAUCAAAGCUCUAGGCAACAGCGUGGCCCCCCAAGAUGGUGGGGACAGUACAACAAAGGAAAAAGGAACCACCUGCUCUAAGUGAGACCUUUCUGAUGUUUUCUUUAUGAUGUGUGCAUUUAUAUAAAAAAUCCUACUCACUAUGAAAAUUUAAAAA